UUGUGGGUAAAAGUUAAGUUAUGAGAUUAUUUUGUCACAUGGUUAUAAAAUGACGAAGUAUCACAUUUAUUUGAUAUUUUUGUUCAGGGUAUGGAAGGAAUGGACAUGGACAGAGUUACCCCAGGGGCAACAACUCCUCAACAAUUACGUGAAAUUCUCGCACAUCAGACCAAAAAACGCCAGAUGAGGAAACAGCUGGAAGAUCGUGAAAAAAUGAUGCAGAUGCCUGGUGCGCCACCUGUUGGCUGGACACCUGAUGGAUCGCCACGACAUCCAGGUAUGCCAAGAAUGCCAGGUUAUGGGAUGGGUCCAGAACGAGGCCCUAGACCACCGUUUACCGAGGGUUCAACCAUGACACUGCAGCAUGAACAAUGGCCAGUGGGACAGCGUCUGGUUCGACCACCACAACCAGGACAAUUUACGCCAGAUGGUGAGGGUUUCCAUCCGAGAACCCCAGGACAGUUUGGAGAUGGUGUACGGCAAGGGUUUCCACCAGGAAUGAGGAUGCGACCCCCAGGUCCAGGAGGGAUGCCCCCAAGACCAUUUCCAUCACCAGAUGGCAGUAACCCUGGAUUUACAAGGCCUGCGUCACCUCAGAUAACCAUGACACAGGAAAUGAUAGCUGAACGUAGAGCCCAAUAUUUACAGAUGAGACAAAAAGCCCAGCAAGCUGGUCAGCUUCCACCUGGUCUACCAGGACCCCAACCACAAGGAGAAGUAUUCAGACCACCAGGUCCUCCUCCUCCUCCUCAGGGUCCUGGCAUACCAUUCCCUCCCACAUCAGAAGGAACUAACUCUGAUGACGAUGUUUUCCGACCAGCCGGUGCCGGAGCUAUGAUUUCAAACCCUGUGUUAAAAUCGGCAGCUCCUGUGACGCCUGUGGUACCACCAGAAGGGGAGAUAAAUCUACCUGAUAUUGAUCCCAAAGUUUCAAAACCAUCUCAAUCAUCGGAGGAUGAUAAACAUGAACUAAUUGACGAUGAUUUACUGAGUGCGGAUGGAACUUUUGAUAUUCUGAGAUUCACUGAUCCCGAGUUGGAUAAAAUACUUGGAGAGGAAGAGAGUAAUCUGUUAGACGAAAAUUUAGAUUUCAUGGACGAACAAAAACCACCUACUAGAGAUGAACCGAGAGAAGAAGAUGAACCGAAAACUGAAGUUAAAGAAGAAGAGAAGAAACCAGCAGAGACUGAAGAGGCCUCAACUGUUAAAACAGAAGACGAUAAAACAGAAUCUAAAGAUUUCCAGUCCAAAUUUUUAGAAUUUAGCCAGAAGAGAAAAGAUGGAGAGGAAGUGAAAGCAGGGACAUCUAAAUCCAGCGACAAAAGUAAAGGUCCUGUUGGUGUGAGUCAUAUUGCAGCUCUGCUACAAGGCACUAAACCUGUAGAGAAUAGAAUGGAUGAAGCUGAAAAACAGGAGAUUCAGAAUUUAGCAGGAACUGUUGAAGCAUUACGGAAAGAUAUGGAGGCACGUCGUCAAGAGGCAAGCAAACAAGAUCUGAUUGGUCAAAGGCCUCAUUUUGGCCCUGGAAUGGCUUCACCUUUACAUCAUGUUGCCAGCCCCCAUCAGUCUCCCAGUAUUGGAAUACCACUGUCCAACCCAGAUGCCAGUGGAUUACAUUCUCCUAAAGUUCUUCCCAGAAGUGGUCAGCCAUCUCCACGAACACCAGGGAUGCACAGUCCAUUUGGUCCCAUGCUGGGACCAGUUCUAUCUCCGAUGAGUCAACCCAUGAACCCAGACCAACAGUUGUCUCCCUUCCCAGCAGGUUCAGCUCAUUCACCAUUCAGUCCUCCAGUAUCAUCUUGUCCGCUCUCACCGUUUGCAUCAACUACCUCAGGUCCUCACUCACCAUUCCCUCAAAUUGGACCCAACGUCUCUCAACCUCAGUUCGGCCAUCCAGGGCCUGGACAAGUACCCUAUGGAUCUCCUUCGCAUUCUGUCUCGCAGCCCACCACACCAGGUCAAACAUUCCCGAUGCAGCACGCAUCACGAGCGACUAUCACCCCAACCAAUCAAUACACUCAGGGAACAUAUGGACAACCCUACAUGCCGCCAAGAGGAGGAACACUCACACCUUCUCCAAACAGCAUCCUGUAUGGACAAUCAGCAGCAGCUCAGCAUGCCAUGAGAACACCUGGACCAGGUAUGAGAUCUCCAUUCCCAGGAAUGGAUCCUUCUCAAGAUCCUAGGAUAGCAUUUUCUCAUAUUCAAGGAAAUGUAAGUCAGACCCAACCACAGAUGACAUCUCCAACCCUUGAUACAAGACCACAGCAUAUGAUACAGAAGAUCCAACAGGGUCUUAUGGAAAUGGGUAAAGGUCCAACGUCACCUGGAGGGAUGCCCCCAUCUUCCCAAGCCCAAGGUUUCUAUCGACCAGAGAGACCUCAUAUGGGACAAGCAGCUCUUCAGCAACAAUUAGCCGCUCAAGGAAUGAGACCCAUGAUGCACAUGAGACCAGGUUCACCACGAUUUAAUGCAGGACAGCGGUUACCUCCUCCUGGAAUGAGGAUGCAAGGACCACAUCAAGCUGCACCAGGGUCGCCUGGAUUCCCUGGACCUGUAGGACCAAGACCUCGUUCCAGUCCUCCUGGUUUUACAGGGGGGCCAAGACCUGGCAUGUUUCCACCAGGAGCAGCUCAACCUCAAACACUACUGGAUGAACUGGUAGAAGAAGAGAAGAAAGAACAGAAACGUCAAGCAGAGCAACAAGCGAUCGCCCGUAGAGAUAUACCUGGGACACCUGAAGGUAUGAUGCCAGGAAUGCCCCGCCCAGGUAUGCAACCAGGUUUACCAGGCAUGGCAAUCAGAAUGGAACAAAGAAUGCCAGGGCCUGAUCAGGGUAUCCAGCAACCAAUUGAUAUGAUGACUCAGCAGUUUUCACAGUUUCCUGUUCGACCUCCAGUCAGUCAACUAAGUCCUCGAACUCCUUCACCAUUCGGUGGUCAGUCACCAGGCAUACAGCAAUCUCCUAUCAACCCAAUGGCUAUGUUACCACCGCAACCACCAGUCACUCCCCCUAGUGGUGAUAUGCCCGGUGAAUUAGACCCGAAGAGAAUACCCUAUGAAGAUUGGUUGUUGAAACAGGGUCAAUUCCUCGAGAUGCAAGUCAAACUCUUUGAACAACAAACACAGAAACAAAAACGGGCAAAACGAUCAAUACAAGCUCGACAACGACAGGCUCGUAAGAUUGGUAAUGAAUUAAACCCACAAGAUGUGUUGGAGUUAGAACGUAUUUCGACUGAACAAUCGGGACUACAAAAACAACUGGAUAGUUAUCGUAAACAAUUACGCAAUCAUCAGUCACUUUUACAAGAUUACCGUGAUAAACAAAAGGAACAAUUUGGUAGAAACUGGCAACCAAACUUCCCAACACCAAUAGCUUCCCCUCAAAUGGCACCUCCAGCUCAGGGUCAGAUGUCCCCUGGAGGUCGUAUAAGUGCCACGCCUAGAAUGCCGACACCAUCAAGAUUUCAAGGACCGAGACCGAAUCAGCCGGGCCGUGCUCCACGAGGACCAGGGAACAACUCUGUGCGGAUGAGUCCCAGCGCUCGGCAAGAGUAUGAGGUAUAUAUGCAGAGUAGGUUACGUAUGGCUAAUCCUGCUGUUCCCAACCCUUCGAUACCCGCAAUUCCUAAACCUCCAGCUGCAAUGACUGUAGUCGGGGACAAUAAUCCAUUCAGUGAAGCGUUCCAGGAACGUGAACACAUGGAGAAGUUACAGAUUAAUAUAGGAGAAGCUCCUACUGUACCCGAAAUAAUUCGACCAUUCGAUCCAGCGCAGCAGCAACAUGGACAGGCUCCACCCCCUCCCCCUCCUCCGUAUCCCGAACCUGGACCUAUGUAUCCCAGGAUACCCGGGGCUCAGAUGGGAGAUCCGCGAUUUCAGGGUUUUAAUCCCAUGCAUCCAGGCUUCGGUAUUCCUCCCGCUACCCUUCCCCCUGAGAUGGGCGCAACACCGGGAAAAGAAAAAACCAAAAAGCGACGAAAGAAAAAGAAAGCUGAUGAUUUGGAGAACGCCCAAUCGCAACCUUUACCUCCCUCGCUACCAAAUCAAGCAGCUUUGUUAGGUCAUAUGGGAAAUCAGCCUGGUUCCACACCAACAACAUCUAAACCUGAAUUUCCAGUUAAACCACAUUCAGAAACUGAACGUAGAAUUCUGGAGAUUCUCAGCAAUACUGCAGCAUUAGCUCAACAAAAGUCUUCAGCAUCUCAAGGAGAAGCUGCAUCUGUACCUACAAUGUCUACAGCUGGUCAACCAGCUACUUCCACUUCUCCAGCUUCUUCCCAAGGGCCUCAUUCCACCACAACCCAGGCACCACCAAAACAACCACAACAACCACCAGCAUCAUCUUCAGGUCCAGUACUGACAAGUUCUUCAGUGUUACAAGGAUCAGUUCAAUCAGGCCCGCACACUACCAUGGCUCAAGCCCAUUCCGGCACAGCUCCAGGCUUCCAACAUAACAAAGGACCAGGUGGUCCAAUGGCUCAUCCUAAUUUUAGACCUGGUGCUCCUUUUAAUGUUAUUCAAGGAAAUCAUCCUCAGUUCAAUCCUCGUCAUCCUCAUUUAGGACAAAUGGUACCUUCCCCUCAUCCCAUGGUGCAGGGUCCACAUACAAAUUUAGGACCUAGAAUACCAGGCUCCAAUGUUAAUGUAAGACAAGGAAUACCUGUUUUAGAAUCUGAAGCUGACAUGAAAAGCUCUCGACCACAAUUGGAUUCACACCAACAAAAUUUAGAACCAUCAUCAGAGCAGCUUUGUCGGGUCUCACAGGAUCAGAUAAAACCAAAACCUUCAGAAGGGCAGCCAACAUCUUCACAAUUAACUCCACCUGUUACUACUUUGUCUUCAUCAACAACUCAACUUUCAACCAAGCCAGCAUCAGAAACCACAUUGCAGUCUCCUUUAACGGAAAUUGUCCAAACAUCGUCCUCGAGUGUCCCAACUGAGGCACCAAGUGCUACAACUGGAGACGCUCUUAUAGACUCAACAGCAGAAAGUUCUGGCCAGCAACAAACGCAAGUUGUUUCUAGUUCUACACCAAGUUCUGUUGAAGCAACUGGUUCAGCUACUUCACAAGAUCCUCCUAAGAAGAAAGAAUGUAUUGAUGGACAUGGAUGUGGUACUGAUGAUGAGGAUGAUAAUGAGGGGAUGGAAGAUAAAAAUGAUCAGCCUUCAGAACAAGAUCAACAAACUUCUGAGAAUACAGAUCAUCCAGCUGCUGUUGAUCCCUCAACUGUCCAAGAAUCGACUUCGACACCAUUAGAGGAAGAGAAGAAUUUUAAAGAUGUGACAGAGUCAAAAGAAGUUGGUGAAUCGUCUGAAUCAUCUGGUGGUGCUGAAGCAGCAAGUAAAACUAUAAAAGAAGAAAUUGGAAGUGCUGAUGUAUCUUUAGAAAUGGAUGAAUCUCAUGCCACGGUUGUAACAGGGACUCUUCAAAAUGUUACCCUGAGUGCCAGUGAGGAGUUGCCAUUACCACAGCCAUGCAUCAUUUCUACAUCAAGUGCUUCUGUUUCAUGUGGUGAAAUUAUAAAUGUGACAACUUCUGCAAAUCAAAUUACAGUUCAGACUGUAAUUGAGACAAAUGCUUCAACAACUAUCAGUGAGGAUACAACAUCCAUAAGUACAUUCACUCCUCAACAGUCUGAGGAUUCUUCCUCAAGAACUACGGAGACCACAGAAGAUCUGAAGCAGAAAACUGCAGAAGGUUUAAAAGAUACUCCUACAGAAGAUGGAAAGGAGAUUCCUGGAGAAGCUACUGUUAAAAUAGAACCUAUGGAUGAAAGCCUAGUGAGUGAACCGAUGAAAGAAUUUCAAGAAUCUCAGAAGAAAGAUAAACAAGAGGGUACAGCAGCUAGUUCAGAAAUUGCUGCUGCUUCUCUUAAAUCUAUCAAACCAGAUCCAGAUUCAAAGCCUCCCGAAACAAAUAUUCAAGCUGACAAAGCCAUGACUCCUGAACCAGUAAUCUCUACUGCCACCACUGUAACCAAGGAAGAAGCUAAAAUUCCUGAAAUUCAUCCAGCAUCUUCUCAGUCAUCUGCAUUAUCUUCUCAAGUAACAUCAGAUAUUACUGUCUCAAACACUGCAUCUACUCCAUCAUCCACUCCAUUAUCAUCAUCAGUAGCUUCCACACCAUCAUCAGCUGUCACAUCAGCUACAGUUAUCUCCUCUCAACCCUUUCAAGUGGAUAGUGGUACUGAAGCGUCCACUACUAUUCAGUCCACACCAUCUUCUAGUCAGACUUCAGUUGUAUCAUCAGUUGAAUCCACUAAACCUGUUUUAGCAAGUCAAACAAUCACACCACCUGCUAUGCCACAAGGACCACCACCUCCUUAUCCUCACACGUCGGGACAUCUUGGCACACCUCCUCAGUUUCCACCAGGGUCUGUUAGUAAUCAGUUGAUGACCCAAAGGCCUGGAGUGCCUACUUCUGCUCAUCCAGGAAAUUCCCCUACGAGACAUAAUAUGCCUCCUGGAAUGGAUCCGGCUCUUGGACCACGGACAAAUCCAAGAAUGUUUCCUCGUGGUAUGGAUCCUAGAAUGAUGAGGAUGCGUUUUGAUCCAAGGAUGAUUAGACCUGGUCAAGACCCUUCUCAAUUUCGACAUGGAUUUGAUCCGAGAAUGAUGAGACCUGGAAUGCUACCACCUGGUAUUGACCUUCGACAAUUCCGACCCCGAAUGGUCCAUGGGUUUGAUCAAUCUAUGAUGAGACCAGGCAUGGAACAAAGAAUGAUGAUGCGGCCAUCCCAAAGUCAAGGACAGGGACAAGACCCAGAUUGUCAAGAAAGAUACCAGUUGAGAAACCCAAUGGAUCCACAGCAAAUGCAAUUCAGGCAUCCGGGCAUGGAUCCCAAUAUGAUUCGCAUGAUGCACAACCAGUCAUCUGGAAAGCCAAUGGGAAUGGGUCAGCAAAGACCUAUGAUGAACAUGGAUCUGGCAACAAGUCACCAUCAGCAUCCAAAUGUUUCUUCAGAAAUGGCUACUUCUGUACCUCAGUCUAUGCCAGGACAAAUUCGUCAACCAUAUCCAUCACCAAGGGCAAGUGGUCCUCAUCAGAUGAACAAUAUUCCUUCCAAUAUGUCAGAUCUUCAUCGACAGAUGCUUGCACAGCAAGAUGCUGCAUCUCAGAAACAUCCUAUGUCUUCAGCUGCCCAUAAUUUUAAUCCUGGUCAUCCUGGUAUUUCAACCCGUCCUCCAUUAUCCCACAGUGUUUCAAUGCCACCGUAUUCACAAGGAAUGGUUGCUGGACCUCAUACAAGCAUGGCCUACCACCAUCCUGGAGCCUCUGCUGCUAGUCAGUUGUCACCAACUAUUGGUUCAGUAUCUUACCAACAUGGUCCACAGCCUCCUCCACUAUCGCACCAGCUCACAAACACCUUUGCUUCCAUGCCUCUUCAUCCUUCCACAUCACCAGCUGUAUCAAACUUGGAACAAUUUGUGUCGUCUGCCAAUAUGCCAUCUGCUAUUAUUAAUCAGACGUCGUCAUCCGGUGCUUCCACUCCAAGUCCUCAUCUGACAAGUCCAGCUUCCAGCACUCCUCCAAGCUGCCUCAACAUCAAACAAGAACCAGGAUUAGCAGAAGAACUGAGAGCUGCAGAAGCUGCAGGAGAGGAAAUGGAUGGUGAACAAAGAUCAACCCAGAAUGUUUUAUUAAAACAACUUCUAGCUACAAGUAGUGGUCAUAAUCUAUCGCAGAUGGUGGCCAGAUCAGAAACACCAAAUUCUCAGGGGACGGAUGAAGCGUUACCUGAGUUGACACCAGAACAACAGCGACAGUUGCAGAUGAUCGAAGAAAUGCCGCUGUGCAAGGAAGCAGAAAGAUCAAUGGAAGACUGGACGGAUAAAACAGCUGCAGAACAAGAUACCCUUAUGGGUGAGGAAAAACGCAAACAGGAGUACGAACAAAAGCGUCGAGAAUACGAGGAGAUGCGAAAAGCCAAGAAAAAAGUUGGUCAACCCAACGAAACGAAACCAAAACGUAGAAAGAAACUGGAAGGCAAUAUGGACAUGCCGGGUGUCGUGAAAAAACGAAGGAAAUCAAAAUUAUCUAAAGAAGUAAAAGCUGGUGUGGGACCAGAAAAUGAGAUGGAAUCUCUGGUUGAUACAUUUUUACUGCAGCUUCGCAGCAUGGCACCGGUUCAGCUCCAGGAACCAGUUCUAGAGACUAGUUUUAAUAUCGUUCCCAUUAAAGGGGCUGCGUUAUCUAAAGAUCCUAUGCUAACCGGUGUUUAUGGUCGAGGUGUCUUGGAGAACAUACCCGAUUACUACGGACAUUUUAUCCUAUCACAGAUGUCGCCACAAUCUUUACGAACUUUACCCGUCCUAGAGAAAACAUCACGUAGGCGAUAUUUAGGAGAAUUAGAGAGUAGCAUACCAGAAGGUGUAUUAGAACAACAGAGAUAUCAACUGAUGCCUGAUAAACCAUUUUCACACAGUGCUCUAUUAUCACAUGGUCUUACUAAAAACCAGUUAGAGUUACCUCCCCAUCCUAGAAUAGAUUCUAGACUUGCUGAUAUUAAAAGUGAUAGUCCUGACACAGUUAUCUCCUCAUCGUCGCCUGAGUUUGGUUUCGGUGAACAAGACGGCGACUAUCCCGCUUUACGACCAAUUGAACCUGCUGCCUUGUCAAUUGACGGGAAAACGUCACCAUUUGUUCCGCUCAUUCAUCCGAUUCCUAUCAAGUCCGAACCAGGAAUAAAACUCGAAGAUAAAUCAGACGAAGUGAAAGAAGAGGCGGAACAACAGAUCGACCCAAAAGUUGAAAACUCUGUGGCACUAACACAAGUAAGCCCAGGACUAACGAAAGGAGAUGAAAUGAUCACGACAAAAUUACCCAUAACUUCUGGAUUAGUUAGUCCAUUCACUGAUCCUAACACCGACCAACAAGUAUCGGUGACCUUGACCUUAUCAGCGUCUGCUGCUGAGGAUAUUGGAGGUGUGAUUGCUGGGAUAGCUGAUCUACUACAGAUUGCCAUACCCCCAACGUAUGAAGUCAGAAGAACUCCAUCGCCUGAGUCCUAUAAAGUUCAGAUGACUCAUAAGGAACAAGCCCUGAGUAUUCAUUCUCUAGUAAAAGCUAAACCUAAGUUUUGUCGUCAUUGUGAUGUCGUGGUUAUCAGUUCUGGCAUCAUCAAGAAGAAAGCUGAUUUACCAGUUUUAACUAAGGAGGAGCAGGAAUCGGAAGGGGAUGAUGUAACAUUCUGUAGUAUGAAUUGUUACAUGCAGUUCUCCAUCACCCAUCAAUCAAACCAAACCAUGGAAACAAAGGAAAGCGGAAACAUCGUAGAGCACAAGAGCGUGGAAUCAACGCCCACAGCUUCUCCUCGUAACACCUUAUCUGCUUUAUCGAUAAAUACAACGCCACCUAGUGGUUCAUCUAGUCAUACCCAACCUACCACGCCUACCACUCCAUUAUUAACCCCUAAUAUAACCCUUCCUAAAGACAGUCUGUCCCCUAAUACUCUCAGCCCUCAGAUUAAACCCAAACUUGAGGAGAAGAUGAACAGAAAGUUGAAGAGAAUGUCCAGUAUUUCAUCCGAACCACCAAAACCCUUAGUGAAGAAAUGGAAAGAUAUCCGAUGGAAAUAUUGGGAUCUGGAAUCAGCCGAGUGUCUGAUCAAAGUCAAAAAACAUUCGACUAUAGAGAUCGAGGAGUUAUGGGCGAAGUUAGUUUUAGCCUAUAAACCAGAUCCGAUGCCUGAAGAUACUCGAAUCUGUGCUUUCUGUGGUCUUGUGGGUGAUGGUGAACCAGAUGGACCAAGCAGAUUGCUGAAUCUGGAUGUAGACAAAUGGGCCCAUUUAAACUGUUCCCUGUGGUCGAGUGAAGUUUACGAGACGUUAAACGGGGCCUUGAUGUCCGUAGAUAUCGCCUAUAAACGGGGAUUAACGGUAGAAUGUUCACGAUGUAGAAAGGUCGGAGCUACAAUGAGCUGUUUUAAAGUUCGAUGUGCUAACUCGUAUCAUCUGCCGUGUGCUCAGGAUGUCGGCUGUAUGUUCUUCCAAGAUAAAACAAUUCUGUGUCCGAAUCAUUUACCUAAAGGACAUGUUGAAGAUGAACUGACGUCACUCGUAGUCAGCAGACGUGUUUAUAUCAAUCGUGAUGACGACAGACAGAUAGCCAGUAUGAUCCAUCAAGAGGAAGGAAACCAUACUUUACGUGUCGGAUCGUUAACGUUACAUUGUAUCGGACAACUAUUACCACACCAGAUCCAGACAAAUAACUUUAACACCCGGGAGUAUAUUUAUCCUGUGGGAUUCCGUACUAGUCGAUUUUAUUGGAGUAUGAGGGCGUUAUAUAAACGAUGUCGAUACACCUGUUAUAUACAAGAUAAAGAAGGCCGACCUGAAUUUGUCAUUAAAAUAACCGAAUCAGGAUUUGACGACGUCAUCAUCAAAGAUUCUAAUCCUAAAGGUGCCUGGAUGAAUGUAUUUGAACCAAUCGAGAGGAUGAAGCGAAAGAACGACCUUGUAAAACUUUAUCCAUCAUUUGUUACGGGAGAGGAAAUGUUUGGAUUAACGGAAACCAACAUCGUAAAAGUUCUCGAAUCGCUUCCCGGUACAGAUUUACUGAAAGACUACAGUUUCAAAUUUGGCCGAUCACCAUUAAUUGAGAUGCCACUGGCCAUAAACCCAACUGGUUCCGCUAGAACAGAACCAAAACUUAGAACUCAUUUCCGAAGACCUCAUGCCUUACAAACCAGCAGCUCAACUCGCUCCCUACCAUCGUCUGUUACCGGGGUAACCGGUGAUGUCAACUCACCAUAUAUGAAACAGUUUGUUCAUUCUAAAUCUCAACAAUAUCGUCGUCUGAAGACCGAAUGGAAAACCAACGUGUAUUUAGACAGAUCCAGAAUUCAGGGUCUGGGUUUAUACGCUGCUAGAGAUUUAGAGAAACAUACGAUGGUGAUAGAAUAUAUCGGAGAUUUAAUACGUAACGAAGUGGCCAACAGACGUGAGAAGACGUAUGAAGAACAGAAUCGCGGUAUCUACAUGUUCCGUAUAGAUGAAGAUAGCGUAAUAGAUGCCACGAUGGCUGGUGGACCGGCACGUUAUAUCAACCACUCCUGCGCUCCUAACUGUGUAGCUGAAGUCGUGCCGUUCGAAAAAGACAGUAAAAUUAUCAUCAUCACAAACCGAAGAUUGAGCAAAGGAGAGGAGUUGACGUAUGAUUAUAAAUUUGAUUUUGAAGACGACCAACACAAGAUUCCUUGUAGCUGCGGCGCGGGCUGCUGUCGAAAAUGGAUGAAUUAAAGAGACAAAAUAAUACAGGAAGUUUUCUCCAUUUAAUUUAUCAAUAAAUAUAUAUCUGCGUCUGUGUAAAUAAUGACAAUACGAGAGCAGGACCUCAAGUGUUAAAGAUUUGUUAUAACGACAAAAACUUAUACUAGAGAUGAUUUAUUAUUCAAGUGGGUGAUUUGGUUCAUCAUAUUGCCUAGAUUUCACCGUUACUAUGGAUACAUCAUAACAUAUAUACGUACAUUAUUCAAUUAUAUAAACAGAUAUAUAUCCUUUUGUUUAUAAAACAUUUCAUUUUACGUAAGUUUAACGAUAGUGCUAUGCAGUUCAUGUUUUUUUUUAAAUAAUUAAAUCUUUUUACAUAGAAUAACGUCAUUGAGAAAGGUGGAUUUAUAUUAACUGUACAUAAGACAACAUUUCACAUAAGCUUUUUUUUUUUUCAGAGUUAAUUUUUUUAUAUAUCUUUAUCAUACAUUGUAUUUUUUUUAUUCGUAGAUUCAUUGUAAAAUAGAAAUUUAUUGUCUUCUCGAGCUCUAUGGUCACUUUCAGGAAAUUUCGUAAUUUAAAUUAUUGCAUAUUUUAAUCACUAUUUCUCAGAAAUAUCAUGAAAGUGGCCAUUUUUUUGAAAUUUGAAAUGUAUCUCUUGACACCCUUGUUGUUGAAUUUGUAGUGUGAUUAGUUAUUAAUAUUAAUAUAGUCGGGGUAGUUGGACAGCUUUUUAUACGGAGAAUCGAAACAGGAGUGAAAUUACAAACUACUUUUACAUCUAUAAGACAAUUUUGUAAAUAAAUUUCAGUCUUUUUCAUAAAGAAUUUUGUCAAAGCAAUAAUAUUACGUGGAGGUGUGUGUUUUUUUGUUUGUUUUUUUUUUUUUUUUGUAAAUAGAUUUGUCACAUUUUAUGGUCCAUGUAUCUUGUACGUAAAAUACAACAGAACUUUUUUCAAUUUUGUAUCUCAUUUACGAACAGUUGUCCAUUUUGAAUGUUGAUUCGCGAUGUUGGUUUUUCAUCUUUAUAAUAUAAUAUAUUGUAAUUAACUAUUUAAUAUUUACGUAGGUGAAACACCCCCCCCCCCCUAAAGAGUAGUGGACUAUUCUUCAAUUUGGUACUGAUUAUAGUCUGUUUUAGAUCAGUCUAUUUUAUAUAAAAGGGGUGUUGUAAUUUAUCUUUAUUCACUGCAGGUUAAUCACUGUUUAAUUUCUUAUAUUUAAAUUCUAUUUUACGAUUUACUUUCCUUGGUCGUUGUCUUGAUCUAGUGAACUUUACAAUUCAAUUCGAUUGUUCGAUUGGUCGUUGACUUGAUCUAGUGAACUUUUAAGCUCGGGAAAUCAUGAGGAUUUAUUUUUUGAUUUCCUGAUUUUUGAAUUCCAUUUAAUCAAGUCAAUCUGCUGAAAAUUCUAAGUGAUUUGUAUAUCUUUGUAUGGUAGUUUUAUGACGCUACUUUCAAUUUUAAAAUGUAAACCAAUACUUUUUGUUAAGAGAAUUUUAUGUAUAGUUUUGUUUUAUAAUUCAAUGAAGGCAUCUGUCAAUCAUCUGGAAUAAUCCAAUCAAUGAAGGCAACUUGUCUGUCAAUCAUAUGGAACAACCAAUCAUAACCAGUUUAAGAAAAGAAUACACCUGUGAUGUGUUCUAAGAUUCGUUUAAAUAUUGAAUAGGCGGGACCUAAAAGUCAGCAAUCUCUUAUUUCUCAUUUACAAUUUAAACUUUUACAUAAUUCUAAGGUUCAAUGUGAAGAUCAGCAUAUUCUCUUAUUAAUAAUAAACAUUCACAAUAUAGAAAUUCUAAUCUAUAACUUAUCUUACAAUGAUAUGAUGAUGUCUAAACCAGGCUUCUCAUUUCACACACGUUUUACUGGUCUUGAUUGACCGAUCGUGAAAUUGACUGACAGCAGAACCAUCCUGUCAGUCAAUAUGGCAUGCCAUUCAAUUAAAAUUUCAAAGAAUAAGUAUUGUUACAUUUAUAGUUUUAUAAAUUGGCAUUUGAAAUGUAUUUUAAAAAUUGGAUCAAAUUGAAACGUCAGCAAUGAGACUGAUGAACAGUCAUCAAUAUUUUAAUGGAAUACAAGAUAAAAACUAAACAAAACAUGGUGUUUUGUAAACAGGUUGAUAUCUGAUUGUAAACAGGUUGAUAUCUGAAUGUAAACAGGUUGAUAUCUGAAUGUAAACAGGUUGAUAUCUGAUUGUAAACAGGUGGAUAUCUGAUUGUAAACAGGUUGAUAUCUAAUUGUGAACAGGUGGAUAUCUGAAUGUAAACAGGUUGAUUAAUUUAGGUAUAGUUAUAGAUUAUUUGUAUAUGUUUAUAAUAUAUUAUAUAAUAUCAUGAAGUUAUAUAUGAUAAUAAUAAUUUAUACACAUUGUGUUCAUAUAUUCACUAGGUUUAUAUAAUAAUAUCAAUUAUAGCUCAGUACAUAUAUGAUAAUUAAUUAUAGGUCCAUUACAUUUAGACUCAUUUUAUAUAGUAUCAAGUUAUAUAGGCCUAUCGUAGCCAUUUAUAUCUAGGCCUAUGUCAGUGCAGCACACGUUAUACAGGCCUGUUAAUUUUCUAGGCCCACUUGUAGUAGAGUAGCCAUUUAUAUAUAGGCCUGUUCAACAGUUAUCAGGCCCAUAUAUUGAAUCAUUCAUAUUCUCAUUUAAAUUUAAUUUAAAACUUUAUUUUAUCCAUUUCAGAUAUUUGAAAUUGAUACAAAGUUGUAAUAAUAGUUGGUAUUUAUCCAUUUAUUCUGGAUCAAUUCCCUGAAUUUUGUUUUAUCGUCUAUAAAUUAUUUAAAUAUUUUGUAAGAGGGGUUUAUUUCUCGUUGAUUGUUCAGUCAUAUUCACAUUAUAACUCUAAUUUUACGCACACGCAAUUUAACAUAUAAACUAUAUGCACAGAGAUAUUAAACGCUGAACAUAACUCAACAAUAAAGGAGAAAUAGAUUCUGGCUUUUAGCUUUGGACGUUUUCACAUUUUUGUUUGUUUAUAAUCCUUUUACGUCAGAAUACAGAACAACAAGAGUUUAUUGCAGAAAGAUUAAAUCUUGAAUCUAGACGCGAGGUCGAGAGAUUUUAGGUUUCGCUAAAAAGAUUAUUGGGAAUAUUUUAUCCAAAUAAAAAAUCUACACAGUAAAUUUUUUACAUACAAAUGGCAGCAUAUAGAAAUUAUCUUCUCUUGGAAUAAAUUAAAAAAUGAAUCGGAUGGGUUCGAUCUUUGAUUUGCAGUAAAAUUAUUCAUUCUGUCUGAAUCAAAUAAAAAGUACAUGUGGCCAUCUAUUUAUUAAACUCUUCAAAAAAACACUAAUGCAUACGCGUAUAUAAAAUAUUUUACAAUGCAUCUACAUUGAACUUGUGCGUAUUUUUAUAUUUUAUGCAACAGAGCUUAAAUAUAGAUCUUAUUAAUACGUAAGUACCAAGUAGUUUGUAUGUAGAAACAUCAUUUCCCAUCAUUUUAUUGAUAAAUACUAAUUAUAUCUGUAUAUCAUAUAUUUAAACGGCCUAUUCUAUUGGGCUCUCCUAUUAGAGCUUUGAGAUGCCCAAUAUGAUAGGCCCCUGUGGAAGAUCAUAUAUUGAUUCCUGAAGUUCACAACUGGGAAUAUUCUCCAACUUCUAGAUCUCUUGGUGCCAAUUAUAAUAAUAAUAAUGUCCUUGUUGUUACUAUAGUUACUAUGUUUAUUUGUUUAUAUAUAUAUAUUUGUUUGUGUCGUGUUUACCAUAUAUAGAGUGUGUAAAACAGUUGAACUAAAAACAUGUAAAUAAACCAUUCUCACCUCAAUAUAAUAAAUAUA